GCACGCACCGGUCGACGUCGCGCACACCCGCAUGGCACGCAGACGCACCAAUCAAUAUCGGGCUAUACCGGGUGUACACCCCAACCGUCGUGUUCGUCACUCAGCCAGUACACUAUCAGCCACCAACCACACCUUUCGCUGCUUCAGUUCAACUACAUCCCUUUAACGGAGGAAAAGCAUCGUCUGGACCACUGCAUCCGAACACGCAAGCUAUCCAGCUUAUACCCUGCCUGUUGCGAAAAGUCAACGUGGGCGAAAGAAUUCAAAAGUACAAGAAUCAACAAGAAUUUAAGGAAAAUGGAAAUAAAAGGGCGAGUUGCCCUAGUGACAGGCGCCGCAUCUGGCAUCGGCAAAGCAUAUGUCAUCGAAUUGUUGAAUCAGGGUGCUAAGGUAGCUGUAUGUGAUAUUAACACCGAAGAAGGGGAGAAAUUGGUGGAGACAUUAGCUGCGAAAUAUGGUAAAGAUCGUGUGAUCUUCUCGCAAUGUGAUGUCACGGAUUAUCCGCAACUUGAAGAAUCGUUUCAGACAACGAUCGCAGAGUUCGGUCAUAUCGAUAUCGUUAUCAACAAUGCUGGUAUCAUGAAUGACCGGUUUUGGGAGCUUGAAGUAGACAUUAAUCUUAACGGAGUAAUACGCGGUACUUUGCUUGCUCAACGAUUUAUGGGCACGGAUAGGGGUGGUCAAGGUGGAGUCGUUAUUAACACCGGCAGCAACGUCAGCAUCAACCCUUAUGUCAGCGUGCCAAUUUAUUCCGCGACAAAAGCAGCUAUCGUCAGCUUGACUAGGGCUUUUGGGGAUCAAUAUCACGUAGAUUUGACGGGCGUUAAAGUAAUGGCACUUUGUCCAAGUGCCACGGACACCAAAUUAGUACGAGAUGUCAAUAGGAAGCUUCUACUGGCUCGAUACGAAGAUGCUUGGCAAAGGGAUACAGCCUCAUCAAUUCCUCAAAGGGCGGAACACGUGGCAAAAGCAUUGAUACAAGUGCUAAACACCGGCAAGAGCGGGAGCGUGUGGAUGGUGGAGAAGGACCAGCCACCGCACGAGAUCAGCUUCGCGAAACGAGAUCGAUUCGAAUCGAGAUUCACAUCGCGAUUUGUACUCAUCGUCUCGAAAAGAACAGGUCGCAUCAGUAUAAUGGAAAUUCAGGAAAAAACCGUGCUUAUCACCGGCGGAGCCAACGGGAUCGGUUAUUGCACCGCUCGGGAAUUGCUUCGAAGUGGAGCAAAGGCCGUCGCAAUUGUAGAUUUGCCCGACUCGAAUGGCGAAAUUGCUGUUGCGGAAUUAAAGAAAGAAUUUGGCUCAGACCACGUUAUUUUCCUUGUCGGAGAUGUGACGAAGGCCGACGAACUUACAGCUUGCUUCGACAAGGCGAUAGAGUCAUUUGGUACAUUGGAUAUUGUUAUUAAUAAUGCCGGAAUUAUGAAUGACGCGGAAUGGGAGCCGAUGGUUGAUGUUAAUUAUAAAGGAAUUGUACACGGCACGUUAUUGGGUCUGAAUCAUAUGGGAAAGCACAAGGGUGGAAAGGGCGGCACUAUCGUUAACAUGUCAGCGAUAGUUGGCUUGCAAAGCAAUCCGAUCGCGCCGAUUUAUGCCGGGACGCAGUUCGCUAUCGUCGGUUUUACUUUAUCAUUACAGGCUUUUUAUGAAAAGACGGGUAUACGUGUUUUAGUAAUAUGUCCCGGUCUUACGAACACUGGCUUGGCUUCCAAAUUCAUGUCAAGCAAAAUUUAUGCGAUGGACAUUGUGGAUGAUGAGAUCGCUGCCAAGGAAAUGACAACGAUGGAGAGUCAACCACCGGAGCAUGUGGCGAAUGCUAUCGUGGAACUAAUCGAAAAGGGAGAAAAUGGCGCGGUCUUCGUCAGCGAAAACAAUCAACCUGCAUAUGCUGUGCAAUUACCGUCUUAUAUCGAUCUGAAAGUUUCAGUGUAAAACUUGCAAUUUACAUGGCGUAUCAUUUUUGAUAUACAAAUACUGGCGUCAUGAUUUUUCACGAUUCAUAAUAAAUGAUUAAUUAUCUUGUGUAUAGGAAUUAUACAAACAAAUUUAUGCUUUUUUCAUCGCAAGUUUUCAAUUAUUAAAAAUUAACUUGCAUAAAAGUGCAAUUUUUCAGAAAUAAUAUUUAUUUAUUAGACAUAAUAGUAGAAAAAGAAAAUUUUAAAAAUAAUGACAUUUAAUCGUUUAUUUCAAUAUUAUAAUUAUGUUUGUUAAAAGAAUUGUAAAAAUUUAUUUGUUCUUUUGAAAAGUUUGAAAUCCAAGCAAAUAUUCUCAUCGCUUGCAUUUCGUCAAAGUAGCUCGAGUUAGUAGUGUAUAAUAGGUGUAUGAUAAACAAUGUUUAAAAAUAAAAACUUCUGUAAUAACCAAUUAAGUAUUCGAACAUCUAACUAAAAUAGUGUGAUAAUAACAGAAAUAACAUAAUAACAGCUAAUAUAAAAUAUACAUAUAUCUAUUUUAUUACAUAAAAAUAAAUAAUAAAUAUCGCAAA